CAAGAACCGUGUAACAUAGGCGUUGACUGAGUCGGCUCUCUCCCGCCACCAAGCAGCCAUGGAAGAAGCAAUAGUUAUGUAUCCAUCUCCGGCCAUCGGCCACCUUAUCUCCAUGGUGGAGCUCGGGAAGCUCAUCCUGACUCUCCGCCCCUCACUCUCAAUCAACAUCCUCAUCACCACCCUUCCCUACGACGCCGGCUCCACCUCCACUUACAUCAACCAAGUCUCGGCCACCACCCCUUCCAUCGCUUUCCACCACCUCCCACCCCUCUCCGCCGCCAUCUCCACAGCCUCUCCCCACCACGAAGCCCUGGCCUUCCAGUUCCUCAACCUCAACAUCCCCAACGUCCUCCAAGCCCUCGUCUCCCUCUCCAAAACCUUCAAGAUCCGUGCCCUCGUCAUGGAUUUCUUCUGCGCCCAGGCUCUCUCCGUCUCGGUGGCUAUGGAAGUUCCGGGCUACUUGUUCAUGACUUCCGGCGCCUCUACCCUCGCCUGGCUCCUUUAUCAAUCGACUUUACACAAAACCAUACCCCAGAGUUUCAAAGAUCUCAAGGCGGAUAUUCAAAUCCCAGGCUUGCCGCCGAUGCCGGCCGCGGACAUGCCAAAGCCAGUGCAAGAUCGGGACGAUGAAGCCUACGAAGCUUUCUUAAUCGUUUCGAACGAAGUCCUAAAAUCAGCUGGAAUUAUCAUCAACACGUUCAAAUGUCUCGAGCCAAGAGUCAUCAAGGCUAUAUCACAUGGCCUUUGUUCGCCGGACGGUCAGGCGACGCCGCCUCUUCACUGCAUCGGACCACUGAUCUCCGGCGCCGAUCGGACAGGCGGCCGGGGCGAAUGUUUUGCGUGGCUGGACUCGCAGCCGAGGCAAAGCGUGGUGUUUCUCUGCUUCGGCAGCUUAGGAUUAUUUUCCAAGGAACAGUUGAAGGAGAUGGCGGUUGGGUUGGAGAGAAGCGGCCAGAGAUUCUUGUGGGUGGUGCGGAGUCCGGAGCCGGAGACGGACUUGGAGGCUCUGCUUCCGGCUGGUUUUGUUUCAAGGACGAAGGACAGAGGGCUGGUGGUGGGGCCAUGGGCUCCCCAGGUGUCGGUGCUAAACCAUGACUCGGUGGGAGGCUUCGUGACCCACUGCGGGUGGAACUCGGUUCUGGAGGCGUUGUGCGCCGGCGUGCCGAUGGCUGCGUGGCCGCUCUACGCCGAGCAGAGGCUGAACAGGGUGGUGCUGGUGGAGGAGAUGAAGCUGGCAUUACCAGUAAGGGAAUCGGAAGGCGGGUUUGUGGCCGCCGGCGAGGUGGAGAAGCGAGUCAGAGAGUUGAUGGAGUCGGAAGAAGGGAAGUCGGUGAGAAAGCGGGUGUUGAUGAUGAAGAGAGCAGCGGAGGAAGCGAUGGAAGAAGGCGGGUCGUCCAUAACCGCCCUGUCCAGGCUGGUUGACCCGUGGACCCGGGCCUGACUCAGAUUAUCUCGGAACGACACCGUUUAGGCGUCCUCUGUUUAUGUGUGCUAAGUUAUCUUAUUAAUCAAUUAAAGCUGUCCGCUAAGUUAUAUCUUAUUUUAUUAAUAAAAUAAAAGAUAAUGUCAACUA